CGGCGUCUCGGUUGACAAGUCGAGAUGUGGGGGGCCUUGGGGACUAAGGAAUAAGCCGCAACAUCGAACUCGUGGCAUCACGACCAAGAAAAUAUCCAAGCUGCACACGUCUGACGACCAACCCUCCCCCCGACGUGCAAAAUCGCACAAUCUGCUCAAACUAUUUGCGCCAGCGAUCACAGCACAGGUGCUCCGCGCUAGAGACUGAAGCAAUGCCUCCCAAAGCGCCGACCCCCGCGCAAGUAGCCGGCAAGGCAGCUUCGACUUACCCCCCAAACCAAACACUCUAUAUCACAAAUCUCCCGUCCUCGAAGAUCCAGAAAUAUGACCUCCGCCUAUCCCUGUACACCCUCUUCUCCACCUAUGGCCCUGUCCUCGAUGUCGUCGCUAUGAAGACGAUGAAGAUGCGAGGGCAGGCGCACGUCGUGUUCCGCGAUGCGCAGACGGCUACGCAGGCUAUGCGCGCGCUGAAGGGUUUUGAGUUCUUUGGUUACGAGUUGGACAUACAAUACGCCAAGUCGAAAUCAGAUACGAUCUCGAAGCUAGACGGAACGUUCCACAAGCCAGCCGCUGCUGCGGGCGAGGUCACAGCAACGGAGCUGCAGCAGAGUAUCUUUAAUGCGCCUCCGUCGGCGGCGUUUAUGGCUGGGGGUGGAGCGCCGGGCACAGCUGGGGCAGCGGCGUUGUUGAAGCCUCCGCCGGAGCUGGGGGGGGAUACAGCGAUGGAUGAUGCGAGGAGUCCUACGACGAGUGUUGCGGGGGGGAAGCGGAAGAGGGAGGAGGAGGAGGAGGCAGAGAGCGAGAGUGGGAGUGGGAGCGAUGUGGCUAUGGAGGAGGAUAGCGAUGAUGAUUAGGGGGGUAUCUUCAUAUAUGCAUGUAUUGCAAGGCGUUCAGGGGGGCGAAGUGGGAAUUCUAUGGGCUAUUGAGACUGGGUAUUUGUCUCUGAUCUAGACCAGACCAGGUCCGUUGGGACUUUAAGGAGGAGGUAAUCAAACAACACCGUGAAACUCCAUCUCGCUCUACUUGGAUGCAACUCUGCGCUGUAACUUGAGACAAUGAAUUAGGACGUAUUAAUUAAUAAAUGAAUACACUUCCCAC